UUUCCUGAGUCCUGGAUCUCUCCCUUCUACACAUCUCCCCCUGUGGGCGUUGGCUGGUUUUUGGACAGAAGCACCAACACCAUGGACCUGGUGGGGCUGCUCAAAUCUCAGUUCCUGUGCCACCUGGUCUUCUGCUACGUGUUUAUCGCCUCGGGGCUCAUCGUGAACACCCUCCAGCUCUUCACCCUCCUCCUCUGGCCCAUCAACAAGCAGCUCUUCCGGAAGAUCAACUGCAGACUCUCCUACUGCAUCUCAAGCCAGCUGGUGAUGCUGCUGGAGUGGUGGUCGGGCACGGAAUGCACCCUCUACACCAACCUGAGGGCCUACUCCAAGUUCGGGAAGGAAAACGCCAUCGUGGUCCUCAACCACAAGUUUGAAAUUGACUUUCUGUGCGGCUGGAGUCUGGCUGAGCGCUUUGGGGUCUUAGGGAGUUCCAAAGUCUUGGCGAAGAAAGAGCUGGCGUACGUCCCGAUCAUCGGCUGGAUGUGGUAUUUCACGGAGAUGAUCUUCUGCACGCGCAAGUGGGAGCAGGACCGGCAGACGGUGGCCGCGAGCCUCCUGCGCCUGCGGGACUACCCCGAGAAGUACUUUUUCCUGAUCCACUGCGAAGGAACACGGUUCACGGAGAAGAAACACCAGAUCAGCAUGCAGGUGGCCCAAGCCAAGGGCCUGCCCAGCCUCAAGCACCACCUGCUGCCCCGCACCAAGGGCUUCGCCGUCACCGUGAGGUGUCUGAGAGACGUAGUUCCAGCUGUAUAUGACUGUACACUCAAUUUCAGAAAUAAUGAAAAUCCAACACUGCUGGGAGUCCUAAAUGGAAAGAAAUAUCAUGCUGAUUGCUAUGUGAGGCGGAUUCCCAUAGAAGAUAUCCCGGAAGACGAUGACGAGUGCGCUGCCUGGCUGCACAGGCUCUACCAGGAGAAGGAUGCCUUUCAGGAGGAAUACUACAGGACUGGCAUCUUCCCGGAGACACCCCAGGUACCCCCAAGACGGCCCUGGGCGCUGGUCAACUGGCUGUUCUGGGCCUCGCUGCUGCUCUACCCUUUCUUCCAGUUCCUGGUCAGCAUGGUCAGCAGUGGUUCUUCCAUGACGCUGGCCAGCCUGGUCAUCCUCUUCUGUAUGGCCUCCGUGGGAGUUCGAUGGAUGAUCGGAGUGACGGAAAUCGACAAGGGCUCUGCCUACGGCAACAUCGACAACAAACAGAAACAGAGUGACUGACGCGAGGCGGCAUCCACUCCAAAGGGAACGGAGGAACUGGUGGCCUCGCAGAGCCUUCUUAGCAGGACGCAGCCCUGAGGCCGGGUCAAGCGGGAGUCACGUGCUCUCCAGCCAGAGUUGGGGCUCAGAGCCGGGGGAGGGGGAGAAGAUGCUCUUAAAUCUUUUUCCCCCCCCAUAUAAACUAGCGGGUUUUGGCUUUCUUUUCACUUGCACAGGUGUUUGUGCGUGUGUGUGCGUGCAUGUGUGUGUGACAGGAUCUGCUCUGUGUGUGUGUGUGUGUGUGUGUGUGUGUUUGUCUGAUCGUUCAAAGGCUGGUUGAGGCUGCGGGGAGGCAGGGCUGGGGACAGAGGGACUGGCGUCUCCUGCUCUCCUUUGGUGCUGAGUCUUCUGUAACUCAUGACUGCCAGAGACUGAAAAGUGCUUUAGAGAAGAUCACUAAAU